AUGGCAUCCACCGAAACCCCGGGCUCCGACCCGGAGAAGCGGGUCCCCGCGGAUAUCGUCCCCGCCACCACCGGCCCCCUAGAUGAAGACGCCAUCCCCUCAAAGCACCACAUCACCGACGAAACCGGCGCUCUCGCCGCCUCAGCCCUUGACUCCGCGCCCCUUGACGCCGCCGAGUCCCGCUCCAUCCUCGCCAAGCUCGACAGGCGCAUCCUUCCCUUCCUCUGCAUCACCUACGCUUUGCAGUUCAUCGACAAGACUUCCCUGGGGUACAGCUCCGUCUACGGCAUCAUCAAGGACAACAAGCUCGUCGGGCAGCAGUACAGCUGGGCUAGCUCCAUCUUCUACUUUGGAUAUCUCGUCGCCGAGUACCCCGGCGUCGCCGUCCUCCAACGGUUCCCCGUCGCCAAGUUUCUGGGCGUGAAUAUU